GAGGAAAGAAACUAACGGGUAUUGAGCACCUACUGUGUGCCAGGCCCAGGCCAGCCAACCCUACAAGUUAGGACUUAAUCCCGUUUUACAGAUGAAGAAACAGAGAGUAGGACUUGCCCAACAUCAUACAGCUGGAUGAGGAUGAUACCCUUAUUCCUUUGCUUAGGCCUCUGCAAACACCUGUUACCUAGUGGUGGGUAAGUUUGGAAGGUAUAUCAGUUAAUAUAACUAUUGCAUGUAAUAAACCACCCCAAAACUUAGUGGCUUAAAACAACACCAUUUAUUAUUUCUCAUGAGUCUCUGGGUUGACUGGGUAUUUCUGCCAAUUGGGUUGGCUUGACUGAUCUCAGCUGGGCUCACUCAUGUUAUCAGAUCCACUGGCCAGUCAGCGAGGAAGACUCAGAUUUCUCCACGUGUCUCUCAACAUCCCUCCAGCAGCUAGCCCAGUCAUGCUCUCGUGGGAGGCAGAGGUGCAAGAGCGAGCAAGCCCAGCCAUGCAAAGAAGCAAGUAGAAAUGCAUACAUACUUUUAAGCUUAUGCUGGCAGCAAAUUUGCUAACAUCCCAUUGGCCAAAGAAAGUGACAUGACGAAGUGUCAGAGAGAGAGGGUUCUACAAAGUUGCAGAAUAGCCCUGGAAGCAGUGGCAUUGGUAUAGUGGUGAGCAAAGCUACCUUCCAAAGUUGCAGGAUAUAGGAAAGCCAUUAAUUGGAGUCAUUAAAUGCAUUCGGGUUCCCAAUCAUACCCCUCAAUGUGACAUAAAACCUAUAGACUUAUAUUUCUAUGUCAUUUGUCCUACAAGGAAAAAAGAAAGUCCAAAUAAUAAUUACUGUAUAUUGGGUCUAUGCUUUGAGCAUGCACAGGGCUAGGCACUUUCCCUGUUUAUACACUGAGUCUCACAACAACUCUGCAAGGUAGGUAGGAAAUCAGAGCUCGGGAAGUUGAAUAACUUGCUCAAGGUCACCCAGCUAAUGUGUGCUCAGGGGGGAGGCAUUAGAAUGUGUGUCAGUCUGACCCACAAAGCCCAGAUUCUUUUCACGAUACCUCACUACCUCUCAGAACGCCAGGGUCUGCCUUACCCUUUCUCCAACUCAGUUUUUUAUUGAAUUAAUGCUUUCUGACUAGCUGUGCAAAACCCCGCCUCCAAAAUUCUGCUGUGAUCCUAAUGGAAUUGUGCAGCUUUCAGGAAACCCUGACAUUCUCCCAAACUCAGCAUUAACUGAGAGCAUCCCCCACCCCCAGAUGGGAAUUGGUCUAUGGACUACACAGACAGCCUAAGAAUGGCGGGCUCUCCCAGACACACCAGAGAAGGAAGAGGACCUUCUUUUAAUCUUUAAGAUUUGGAGAUAUCAGGGCAUUGGAGCAUGAGCUUUGAAGUCAACCUCACUGGGACUCAACUCCUAAUUCAGCCAUUCACUGGCUCUAAGACCUUGAGCAACUUACUUAACUUCUUGAAAUUGUUUCUUCGUCUUUAAAAAAAAAAAAAUGGAAAUAACACCUAGUCUGCAGAGCUAUCACUAGGACUAAAAUUAUGUAGUGCCUAAUAAAGUGCCUAACCCAGUGCCUGGCACAUAAUAAGUGAAGGUAUUAGUUUUAUUGAUAUUAUUUCUAAGCAAAACCUUUCCCCUCCUGGGAAACCCUGUUUCUGUCUAUUGGACAGGUUCCCCCCACAUCCACCCAGUCUGUGCAGACUUGCUGCCUACUGUGUCAUCGGGAACGCAAAGGCUGGGAAGAAGGCCCUUCCCAAAAUGGACUGGUGUUGCAGGGUGAGAAGCUGCCCCCUGACUUCAUGCCAAAGCUCGUCAAGAAUCUCCUAGGCGAGAUGCCUCUAUGGGUCUGCCAGAGUUGCCGAAAGAGCAUGGAGGAAGAUGAAAGGCAGACAGGUCGAGAACAUGCAGUGGCGAUCUCCUUGUCACACACAUCCUGCAAAUCACAGUCUUGUGGGGGUGACUCUCAUUCCUCUUCGUCCUCCUCUUCAUCGUCCUCGUCCUCCUCCUCCUGCCAUGGGAACUCAGGGGACUGGGAUCCCAGCUCCUUCCUGUCAGCACAUAAGCUCUCGGGCCUCUGGAACUCUCCGCACUCCAGUGGGGCCAUGCCGGGUAGCUCACUCGGGAGUCCUCCUACCAUCCCUGGUGAGGUAUUCUCUCUCUCGGAGCACCACCGGCACUCAGACCUCACUGCUCCACCUAACAGCCCCACUGGCCACCACCCCCAGCCCGCAUCGCCGAUCCCAUCUCACCCCGGGUCCUUUGGCUCACCACCCCAUCCACACCUGCCACCUGCUACCCCGGCAGCGCCUUUCCCUGCCCAAGCUUCAGAAUGCCCUGUUGCCGCUGCUGCCGCCCCACACACCCCAGGGGCAUGUCAGACUCCCCACCUGCCCUCCACCAGCAUGCCGCUCCUGAAGAUGCCUCCACCAUUCUCAGGGUGCAGCCACCCCUGUAGUGGGCACUGCGGCGGGCACUGCAGCGGGCCUCUCCUCUCACCUCCCAGCUCUCAGCAGCUCCCUAGCACUCACAGCAGAGACCCUGGGUGUAAAGGGCACAAGUUUACACACAGUGGCCUGGCCUGCCAGCUUCCCCAGCCCUGCGAGGCAGAUGAGGGCCUGGGUGAGGAAGAGGACAGCAGCUCAGAGCGCAGCUCCUGCACCUCAUCCUCCACUCACCAGAGAGAUGGAAAGUUCUGUGACUGCUGCUACUGUGAGUUCUUCGGCCACAAUGCGCCACCCGCUGCCCCGACGAGUCGGAAUUAUACAGAGAUCCGAGAGAAGCUCCGCUCGAGGCUGACCAGGCGGAAAGAGGAGCUGCCCGUGAAGGGGGGCACCCUGGGCGGGAUCCCUGGGGAGCCCGCCGUGGACCACCGAGAUGUGGAUGAGCUGCUGGAAUUCAUCAACAGCACGGAGCCCAAAGUCCCCAACAGCGCCAGGGCCGCCAAGCGGGCCCGGCACAAGCUGAAAAAGAAGGAAAAGGAGAAGGCCCACUUGGCAGCAGAAGCUCUAAAGCAGGUGAAUCGUAGUGUUUCUGGAAGCCGGGAGCCAAGGCCUGCCAGGGAGAGGCUCUUGGAGUGGCCUGACCAGGAGCUGGAUCGAGUAAAUAGCUUCCUGAGCAGCCGUCUGCAAGAGAUCAAGAACACUGUCAAGGACUCUAUCCGUGCCAGCUUCAGUGUAUGUGAGCUCAACAUGGACAGCAAUGGAUUCUCUAAGGAGGGUGCUGCUGAGCCAGAGCCCCAGAGCCUAUCCCCCUCAAACCUCAAUGGUUCCUCAGAGCAACGGCCUGACAUUAAUCUUGACCUGUCCCCUUUGACUUUGGGCUCCUCUCAGAACCACACGUUACGAGUUCCAGGUGAGCCAGCCCCACCAUGGACAGAAAUGAGAGGCUCCCACCCACCAUGGACAGAGGUGAGGGGGCCCCCUCCUGGUAUCAUCCCUGAGAAUGGGCUAGUGAGGAGACUCAACGCCGUGCCCAACUUGUCCCGGGUGAUCUGGGUCAAGACACCCAAGCCAGGCAACCCUAGCCCUGAGGAGCCAGGCCCAAAGGAGGUUCCCAGUUGCAAGCAGGAGCUGCCCGAGCCUGUGGUCUCAGCUGGGAAGCCGCGGAAGGGCAAGAGACAGGGCAGUCAGGCCAAGAAGAUCGAGGCAAGCCCAGCCCCACGGUCCCCUGCCAGCCUCGAGGUUCCCAAUGCCAAGGGCCAGAUCCCCAGCACCAAGCAGCCAGGCAAGGCCACAGAGCCUCCCAAAGUGGGCAGCUGUGCUGAGGCUGGAGAAGGGAGCCGGGGGAGUCAGCCAGGACCAGGCUGGGCUGCCGGCCCCAAAGCUGACGAGAAGGGCAGCUCCUGGCGAAACUGGCCAGGUGAGGCCAAAGCACGGCCUCUGGAGCAGGAGUCUGUGCAGCCCCCAGGCCCAGCAAGGCCACAGAGCUUGCCACAGGGCAAGGGUCGCAGCCGCCGGAGCCGCAACAAGCAGGAGAAGACAGCCGCCUCCUUGGACGAUGUGUUCCUGCCCAAGGACAUGGAUGGGGUGGAGAUGGAUGAGACUGACCGGGAGGUGGAGUACUUCAAGAGGUUCUGUUUGGAUUCUGCAAAGCAAACUCGUCAGAAAGUUGCUGUGAACUGGACCAACUUCAGCCUCAAGAAAACCACUCCCAGCACAGUUCAGUGAGGAUCCAGGAGUGACGGGGACCCCAGGCACUUUCAUCUUUUGCCUCUUCUGAGAGUAAAAGGGGCACAUCUUCUCCCACAGCCCAAUGCCCUUGUCAGCCAGGAAACCUCAUCCAGCCGUCUUCUCUCAAGGACUCCCUCUUUGGUUGAUUUCUUUCCCAAGACUGGAGAUGUUCCCUCCCUGUCCCACUCCCACCAUAAGGGCUAUCCACUGCUUUUUCCACCCUCCUCAGAGUGGGAGCCCUGAGAGUGCAUGAGAAAGCAGUGCUGGCACAGAUUUGGGACCUAGCCUGGGCUGUGUACCCAGAGCCUGAGGCAGGAGUCAGGAUGCAUAUGCCGCCUCUCCCCUUCCUGUCAGUAGGAGAGCAAAGACCAGAGGCUGGGCUCUUACCCUACCCUGACUUGGAAAGAGGUGUGACAGGGGAGGUGUCCCCUGGCAGGGUCUUAACUUUCAUCCUCUGCUGGAGGUAAUCAAGGAAGUCUAUUCAAUAUUUUCAGCCCAGGGAGUAAAAAUAGCAGGCAGUUGUUCCUACCCAUGGGGACCCAUGGAAACCCAGAGCCAACAUGGGGAGACUAAGUCAAAGGUGUCACUCACGGUGCAGCCAUGCUCUCCUGUUUUCUCAGCCCCUGCCGGGUCAAGCUUCUUCAGGGUGUCCUGA